AAUUAUGUCAAUUUCCCUCUUUCAACUCCAUUUUUUCCCUCUCAUAAAUCCAUAUCUCUCUCGCACAGUCUAGUUGAUAGUAAAUUCACACAGCGAUGUCAACUAACCAAGAAGAUUUGGAUCUACUCCUCUCACUUGAUGAUGAUAAGGUAUUAGAAACUCCACCAGCUUCUCCAUCUACGUAUCUAUCAGACCAUGGAUCUCCAAGGCAACAGCUUCGGAACUCGGACAUGUAUAUCUUCAAAGAUUCUGUUAAAGAUUACUUAGAAACUGAACCACCUGUUGCCAAGAAAGCAGCUCCUAAACUAAAUCGAUCAAAGACUUCCAUCGACGGUGAUGUCGAGAAGUUUUCAGGUUUUCGGAUUAAGAAUCUAUUGGUCUCCCCUGAAGAAUUGAGCAAUCAUUUAUCGGACAUUCGAUUUGUGCGGUUGCCGGCUAUAAGGAAUUUGAUAGUUGGAGAUUCAAUUGCUGGUAGCUGGGCAACCAUUGGUGUAUUGUCAGAAAAGGGAGCUCCGAAAUUGAGUUCUAAUGGGACACACUACUGUAUAUGGAAAAUUGGGUGUUUGGAUGAAAAAACUCUUUCUGUAUUCAUGUUUGGGGAUGCUUAUAUUACAUUCUCCAAAGAGCAUGUUGGAACAGUUUUCGCGCUGUUCAAUUCUAAAGUUCGCAAGGAUAAUGAGGGGAGUGGGUUUUCUCUGAGUAUAUUUUCAGCUGGUCAGAUUUUAAAGUUGGGUACUUCAGUUGAUUUUGGAGUUUGCAAGGGUCAAAGGAAGGAUGGGGUUGCUUGUACCAUGGCUAUAGAUAAGCGCCAGGGGGUAUACUGCAAGUUCCAUACGUCUAAUGCAUCCCAGAAAUAUACUGUAUCCCGUGGUGAACUCAAAGGAGGGAACUUGAAGACAGGCUUUAGGAGUUCCUAUCAGCCAGAGGGUGUUUACAUGGUUGAUCCUUUUAAGAGAGGGAACACGAAGAAAACAGUGCAACCCCUUAAAGUGUUGUCCGUGGAUGGAUUAAAGAAGGCCUUAAGUAAGGCGGGUAAAGUUACAACUAAUGCACACUCACAAGGAAUACGGUUUCUAACACACGUCACAGUGAAAGACAAACCAAUAGAGCAGAACGGAGGAUCUUUAACGUCAAAUAAUCAACAAAAGGAUAUUAAAUUUAAAGGGUUGUCAUCUAUCACAAAGUCCUCUCCAAAUGCUACAAUCAGAAAAGACCAACCCGGGGCAAAAAGAACGAAAACUGAAAAGUAUCCAAUCCCUCCAAUCAGAAAAGACCAACCCGAGGUGAAAAGAAUGAAAACUGAAAAACCUAAAGAGAAAAUGAUUGAAAUAGACAUUUUUAGUUCAGAUGAAGAAUAGUAAACACAACCCAAUGUAAGUUAUGCAACCAUAACUCUUACUUAACAUGGGCAACUUCGCCAGUCCUUGAGGUUUCAUUAUCAAGUAAUAGUUGGAGAUUUUUGCUGGUGAUGAUCGAUAUCUCAUACUAAUUUAUUAUACUUUUGCUAUAGGAUUCAAUCAUAAGGAAUGUUCAAUUUUGGUUCAUCUAAGUUAACACUUGAAGAUGAAGUUAUGAAUUUUCCUAUUUAUGCCGACCUUUUUGGUUCUAACAUUGUAAUAAGAAAAGGGACAUUAACAAACUUUCAUCGAAAGAGCAUUUCUUAUCA